UGACCAUGUCAUGGGGGAGUGGUGGGUGCACAGAGGACUGUGAGGAUAAUUCUGUCUUCGAAACUUUCAUAAACAGCUCUGUGAAGCUGUGGGUCGGUGCAGAUAUUUAAGGGCUGCUUGUGACCAUCUCAGCAAUGAAGAGCCUUCAUCCACUUCUCACUCAAUCAGUCAGGAUGAAGUCAGCCUUAAUAUUGGUUUGCUGUCUUUAUAUGCCAACUGCCUUUGCUAAACAAAUAUUUCAGAAAGAUGAUUUGGUUGAUCAUCCUCAAGAGACAAGUUCUAUCAUGCUACAAAGUUUCUUUUCACAAAGUCUGGAUCAAAGACCUGAGAGUUUGCCAGAAAAUACUUCUGAAAAUACCUCAGAAAAUUCUUCUGAGAGCACCUCGGAGAAUACUUCUGAAAACACUUCAGAAGAUACUUCUGAGAACACCUCGGAGAAUACUUCUAACAAUACUUCAGAAGAUACUUCUGAGAACACCUCGGAGAAUACUUCUGAAAAUACUUCAGAAGAUACUUCUGAGAACACCUCAGAGAAUACGGCCUCAGAAGAAGACAAUACACCUGAAAACUUGAGUGACCAUAUUCAAGCUGGAGAAAAAAGAGAUGACAAGGAAGAGCAGACUCUGAAUAGCUGGAUGCGGGUGUUCAAGGCUACUGUGAAGAGUGCGGAUGCCAACACAGAGAACAAAGACAAAGGGGACGAACGGAUCCGUCAUGAAGACACUCUGGUGGUAAACCAUGCUGAAAGAAAACACUCUACUAAGCAGAUCAGUGAUAAUGCAGAGAGCAAUGAACCCACAAUGAAUAUGUUUGUAGGCGAAUGCCAGGACAGCAUAAAUCAAGAUGACUGUGAGAGCAAACAAUAUACUUUCCAAACAUCAGAUGACCUGUUUGAUCCAAACCAUGGCUUAUUAAGGCCUGACAAUGAACAGAGGGAUCCGUAACUGUGGUAAUUAUGCCACAGAACAUUGUAUCCUAGCAUGUGUCGUUUUUUUUUCUUCUAAAAAAUGUUUAUUUUUUCUUUUUUCAAUUUUUGUGCUAAAUCAAAGUGAUAAGCAUUCAAAAUCAAUAUGCCAGCCUCAUUUAAACGUUCAAUCAUUUACACAGUAAAUGUAUUUUUUUUUUUACAUUUACUGUGUAAAUGCUUCAAUAAUUUGUUGUUUCCUCACAUCUGAAGGGGUAGUUGCUCUGCAAUUGCAUUAUAAAUGGUGUGAUGAUAAUAAAAGGCUUCCAAUUGUAAUUAUAAUUUUCUUCUGAGAUUGAACUUAAAAGUAACUAAUUUGGCUAACUUUACACCAUGUAAUAGUGAUGGAAUUUGAUAGACCAAAGGACUCACCCCAAAAAACAUCAAUAGAGGGUUAUGUUACAGUGUGGUUUAUACUGUAUGACGUGCUACAUCACAUUGCAUAUUGCAUUGUACUGUAUGAAAUAUGCAAUAUGCCAUCAAAUGUAAUAGUAAUAGACCACCAAAUACAACAUUUUUUAGUCAUAUUAUCUAUAUAACUAUUGUAUACAGUCUUUAUUGACCAUUGAAUACAUUUUACAUUAUAUAUGCUUCACUAUUCAGAAAUUGAAAAUAUAUAACUGUACAAUCUUGUACUUUUUAUGUAUAACAUAUACUCAGAUAUUUUCUGUUGUCUUACAUAUGUUGAACUCUUUACAAAAUACAACUGUCAUCGAAAAUGAGUGUUUAUAAUAAAGUUUAUAUAAUUAA